GUUCAAAAAGUAACAAAACAAGUAAUAUUUUUAUUGAGCGGCCUUAUUUUCCUGCGACGGCCGUUAAAACAUAGCUGGGCUGGCUGCUCGAUGACCUCCAGACUGCAGACAAAUUGAAAGGGAAACCUGAUUAAAGCUUUAAGGACUUGAAGGAGGGCGAAAACUUGUGAUGUGUGUGUUUGCGACCAUCUGAUCUUGGCUAAAUCGACCACCCGUGAGAGAUUUGGGCGAUACAAAAAUACAGGCAUUAUGAGUCAGCGGACGGAGCGACGGGGGAUACACGUGGACCAAUCAGACCUGCUGUGCAAAAAGGGAUGCGGUUACUAUGGCAACGCAGCCUGGCAGGGCCUGUGCUCCAAGUGCUGGAGGGAGGAGUACCAGCGGGUACGGCAGAAACAGAUCCAGGACGACUGGGCACUGGCAGAAAAGCUGCAACGAGAGGAGGAGGCAGCGUAUGCCAGUAGUCACGGCGUGCAGACUCAGUCCACAACGCCCCCGCAGCCCGGACAUGCCUCGCUGGGUCCCUUCUCCAAGUUUGAGGAGAAGAAAACCAACGAAAAGACUCGGAAAGUGACCACCGUCAAGAAGUUCUUCAGCCCUUCGUCACGAACUGCUUCUAAAAAAGAAACCCAAGAAGGUAAAACCAGUCCGUCCAUCAGCCGCCAUGCCAGCUUCGAUACGGACCAAGUGUCCAAAGACUUUGUGGAGUUCCUGAAAAACCUCCAGAAGCCCGGCCGGGAGAUCCACAAGCAGUGCCGAGCCUUCCUCGUGAACAUGUCAAGCAAGAAGGACCUGGGUGCCGAUGAGCUGUCAGAGUGCGUUCAAGAUUUCUACCAGAACUUGGCCGACCGCCUGAUGACUCACUUUAAAGGCUCCUCUGAGUCUGUAGAGCAGGUGAUGGACCAAGUGGAAAAGUACAUCAUGACUCGUCUGUACAAGAGCGUUUUCUGUCCAGAAACCACGGAUGACGAGAGGAAGGACUUGGCCACACAGAACAGGAUAAGGGCUUUGCACUGGGUGACCAUCCAGAUGCUCUGUGUGUCCAUGGAUGAAGAAAUCCCGGAAGUCUCUGAGAAUGUGGUGAAAGCGAUAACAGAUAUCAUUGAGAUGGACUCGAAGAGGGUUCCUCGGGACAAACUGGCCUGCAUCACACGCUGCAGUAAACACAUCUUCAGCGCUAUUAGGAUCACCAAGAACGAGCCGGCGUCCGCCGACGACUUUCUCCCCGCGCUCAUUUACAUCGUGUUGAAGGCUAAUCCUCCACGACUUCAGUCCAACAUCCAGUACAUCACCCGAUUCUGCAACCCCAGCAGGCUGAUGACCGGAGAGGAUGGAUACUACUUCACCAACCUGUGCUGUGCAGCUGCCUUCAUCGAGAAGUUGGACGCUCAGUCUCUCAAUCUUUCCCCGGAGGAGUUUGAGCGUUACAUGUCGGGCCAAGCUUCGCCAAGAUGCAGCAGCGCAGAGGGCGAGUGGCCCCACACCGGUCAAGGGGCUGGCGUGGCUGCCACCAACCCUGUCCUGGCCCAGCUCAACCACAAUCUGGAGCAGCUGUCGAGCAUCAGCAGCCGGCAGGAGAAAGUGAUGGAGGCCGCUCAGAGCCUCCAGGCUGACCUGCUCUCCUGGACCGAGAGCGUCCAGCGGGAGGUGAAUGACAUCCUGGAAAAAUAUCCGCUGACCUGCACAGUUUCUGCCAUCGAUGCCAAUAACAUAGACAACGACAACCUGCCGCCACCGCUGACCCCACAGGUGUUUGCAGGGUAGUAAAGUUAGCAAAGGGAGAAGAAGCAUUUCACAUGCCAUGAAGGUACUUUACUUUGAAAAUGGGAGUUUCACAGUAGCCUCUGCACCUUAAAUUUAAAAUGAAGUCAUUUCAGUCAGAAAAAGGAAGAGAGAGGGGUGAGCUACAGGGAGAAGCUGCUUUUAUUUGAUUAUUACUAUUAUAACUGUAACUAUAAAAACACACUCCACAUACAAUUGUUAACAAGGGAUACACGAGCUAUGGAACAUUUCUUUUUGUAUAAGUUUGUUGUAUUUUGGGGCAUUUUACAUGGAAGUUUAUGCUGACAGUCUCCAUUUAUGAGACUGCCUCAUGUGGCCAUUUAUGGAACUGCAGGAACUGUAUGUUUAAUUUCUCAGAAAUAUAUGGUCAAAUUACAAGGAAAAAAUAGAAAAUUUACCAAUAAAAAAAAUGAGAAUUUUUUAAAGAGUUUUAAGAAAGAAAUUCAUGAGAAAAACUGGACAAGUUUGCGAGGAAAAAAUAGCAAAUUUGCUGUAAAAAUGUUUAUGAAAAAAACAGGUAAUUUUGUAACCAAAAACAAACAAAUUUAUGAGAAAGAAAUGGCAAAAAUAUAGCAUAUAUUAAACUCGCCAGCUGCUAUUAUACCUAAAACUUGUCACUAUUUUGUCCAAACAUAACAGGCAGAUGAUGCUAACCGGCUGGAGAAGACAACACUCGUGUUAGUACUAAAUGAUGAUAUGAUAUGAAGUAAACGCACCUAAAUUUACGUAACAAUUAAAAUAGAUUUUAAGUGCGCAAAUACAACAACCAGCUUCAGAUGACUAUCACUUACUGUCAGCUUUGAUUUUGAUUUUGCUCUUAUUAAUGCCAAAAUAAGCUCCUAAAUGUAGACUGAUGAUAAGCUUCUGUCUGCCCACAUUUCUUUACAUGUUCACUCUUUAUUUCACUAAAAAGCAAUCCCGCAAAAGAAAUAAAUUCAGUAGCAGA